UUGCUGCGUGUGAAAUUCCAGUAAGCAAAUGAUAAAGCUGGCUCGGCUUCGUCUAACUACCCAAAGGAACAGGAAAUGUUCAAUUGUGAGACAGUCACGUGCGGAUAUUGCUGAGCUCCUCCAGAAUGACCGGCUCGACCAAGCCUUAGCCAGGAUUGGAAAACUCUACAAGGAUCAGAAUCUAUUGGCUGCAUAUGAUGAAAUAAACGAUAACUGUGAAUGCAUCAUCUCCAAUUUCGCUCAGAUUUGCAAACAAAGCGACGUACAUUCCUUGCCUAUUGAUGUUCGCCAAGCCUUGGCAAAUUUGAUAUUUGCAGCCUCUAGAUGUGGUGAACUGCCAGUACUACAUUCUUUGCGUUGCUUUUUCGGAGAGUGUUAUGGUCAUGAAUUCGAAAUAGCCAAUGUUGAAUUACAUCAUGGAAAUAUGGUGAGUUCUCAGAUAAAGGAGAAUCUAUGCAAAAAUUUUGUGCCAGAUGAUGAGAAACUUAAAUUGAUAAGCGAAAUAGCUAAAGAACACUCCUUUUCUGGAGUUUUGGGAUUGUCAACAAAGCUCCAAUAUGCAAUGCCAUAAGAUAAAUAGCCUUUCUCACAUAGAGUGCAAGCCUGCUCAGAGAGCUGAAGUUCGGGAUUUGGAUAUAUUUGAAAUGUAUAGCGACAAUGACUUGGGUAAUAGUAAUGGUACUCCAGCUAGUUCUAAUCGGGUCAAGAUAGAUGUACAUGUACCUAAAGUGGAAUAUAAAGAGGCGUUAUCGGCUAGGACUUCCACAGAUGGUAUGACAGCAACCCCUAGGAUGAGUAUUGUAUAUCUUGAUGAUGACUUGGACCAGAAGUCAGUGAACCAAGAACACUGCAGCAUGCCUCAGAUUGAUAUUGCUCGCACUAGUUUGGACUCAUGGGGUGGAAAUGCGGACUCAAUGACUGAUCCGAGAACUGGUAUAGCCAACAAAUGUUCCAGUGAUAAAACUGCACCACCAACAUUCAGUACAGGCCUCGCUCCAAGCUAGAUAACAUGGCAAAGAAUGGAGGGAAGAUGGUCAAAGAUCGCCAUCCAUUUCGCAGUCCAAAUGAUGAACUGAAGAAGAGCAGACAAUGUUGCGUGAGUCAUGUCCACCCAAAUCUUCCAAACUAUGAAGAUGUGGUGGUUUGGAAGAUUUGGUGGCUAUACUUGCAGAUAUCAAUGCAGGGUAUAUUGGACAUAAUAAUCAAAUCAAUGCAAAUAUUAUCCUGAUUUGAUUUUCAUAAUUAUCUCCAACAGAGUGUGGUCAGUACCUUUUGAUAAUUUACAGGAUUAGAUAUUUUAGUUUUUUUUUUUAUUCGUGUUCCUUGUGAUGGAUGUCACUUUUUAUGCAUAUCUGCUCUUAACUUUUAGGCAGUGUUUACACCCUCGGUGAUGUUCUAGGAGGGAAGCCUUUGAUGGCUAUGUCAGAAGGUUGAAAAGAUGAUGGUAAGCAAGGUAUAGAAGGCCAUUUCUCCAGGAUAUAGCUUGUCAUAUAUGGAACAUCCUAAUGAUGAUAG